CGACCGAAUAACAAAUCGAUUAUUUCCGUACAACACGCGACCCAGUACAGGACUCGUCCACUUAUAGUCAUACUGAUGCUCACGUGUACCGGUUUUCGCCCCGUGUCAGUUGUUGCAGUUGAAAUAUCAUUUAUUACCAUAUUAUAAACAUUACAAUAUCGUGUCGCCGUUUCGAACCACACCGAGACCAUCAUCGAUCAGUUAGUCGUCAGUCAUCCGGCCAAGCACAUAAUAUAAUAUUAAUAAUAACAAUAAUAAUAUUAAUACAUUCGUACCGUAACAUAUUUUAUAUACGUCAUGCAUACAUCGUGAUAACUGUGAUUUUUGUUUUACUUUUCAUUUCCAACGUCAUCAAACUUCUAUUAUAAUAUUACGCUACCGCACCGUGUCCAUCGUUUCUCUGUGUCGAACAUGUUCAUUAACGAAUUCCAAUUCAUGGAGUCAAUGCCGUCCAACAAUAAUUUCGUCCUCAAGACCGAGCCCUUUGGAGAAGGGACAACCACGUACAAUGGCAACGUCUGGAUCACAGCAGAUUCGAAUCUGAACGGGAUGCCGGUGCAUCACGAGCCGACUUAUUUGCAGACCAUAGACUCCACGCCACAAGUGCACUCACCGCCGAUGACUGGUCAGAAUCAGUCAUGCUCGAUAUGUGGUGACCGAGCGACCGGCAAACACUAUGGGGCAGCGUCCUGCGACGGAUGUAAAGGAUUUUUUAGAAGAUCCGUUAGGAAGAAUCAUUUCUACUCGUGCAGGUUUUCCCGGAACUGUAUAGUGAACAAGGAUAAACGCAAUCAAUGUCGAUAUUGUCGUCUGCGAAAAUGUUUUAAAGCCGGCAUGCGAAAAGAAGCCGUGCAAAACGAACGAGACCGAAUCAAUUGCAGACGGCCCAGCUACGAGGAACCACCGUGUGCCAACGGUCUGUCCGUCACGUCCUUAUUGAACGCUGAAAUCAUGUCUCGCAACGAAUCUGACGCGGCCGAAGACAACAACUUGGCAAACAAGCACGUGGCGAACAUCGGUGACGUGUGUGAAUCGAUGAAAACUCAACUGCUUUUCUUGGUCGACUGGGCAAAACGCAUACCCGCGUUCACGGAACUCCAGCUCAACGACCAGGUGUCGUUGUUACGAGCUCACGCGGGCGAACAUUUGCUUUUGGGUUUGGCCAAGAGAUCGUUGAUGCUUAAGGACGUGCUACUGUUGGGUAAUAACCGCGUCAUAACCCGUCACGUGCCCGACAACGGGAUCCCAUCAGACUUGGACAUAAGCAGAGUGGGUUCGCGCGUUUUGGACGAACUCGUCAAACCGCUGAACGAAGUACAGAUUGACGACACCGAAUUCGCAUGCUUGAAGGCAAUCGUUUUUUUCGAUCCAAAUGCUAAAGGCCUGAACGAAUCGGACCGCAUAAGACGCAUGCGCAAGCAAAUCCACAGGAAUCUCGAAGACUACAUAAGCGAUCGCCAAUACGAAACGUGCGGCCGAUUUGCCGAACUGCUUCUCACGUUGCCUGCACUCCAGUCAAUCACGUGGCAAAUGAUUGAGCAAAUCCAAUUCGCCAAAUUGUUCGGAAUGGCGCACAUCGAGCCGUUGUUACAAGAGAUGUUACUCGGAGGAGCUUCAAUCGACGCCGAUGCGAAUGCCCAUCAAGAUAACAAAAACGACAUUAAUGUCAUCAACGUGCCAUAAUCUAACAACUAUAAUUUAUUAUUAUUUUUAUUUAUUAUUACAGUUUGGCAAUUCGAGAGCAUCUGUAUUAUUACGAUUGAUCACAGGUGUUGACUAUUAUUAAAUAAAAUAUAUAUUAUGUAGGCUUAGUAUUAGGUACGUGAAUCGUCGAUAUUUUCAAUAUUCUCUUUAAGUAAUAGAUACCAAUAUUAUAAAGUAAUAAUA